ACAACCAUCCCCUCCACCACUUACAUCCACCGCGCUUCCCACACAACCACACCCCAUACCACCACAAAACAUCAGCCAUGGCGUUGAAGAGAAUAAACAAGGAGCUGACGGACUUGGGCCGUGACCCUCCUUCCUCGUGCAGUGCUGGCCCGAUCGGUGACGACCUGUUCCACUGGCAAGCGACGAUCAUGGGACCCGGCGACUCACCCUACUCCGGCGGCGUGUUUUUCCUCGCAAUCCACUUCCCCACCGACUACCCAUUCAAGCCGCCAAAGGUCAACUUCACCACCCGCAUCUACCACCCGAACAUCAACAGCAACGGCAGCAUCUGCUUGGACAUUCUGAGAGAUCAGUGGAGCCCCGCUCUCACCAUCUCGAAAGUCCUCCUCUCCAUCUGCUCCAUGCUCACAGACCCGAACCCCGACGACCCUCUCGUGCCCGAGAUCGCACACGUCUACAAGACGGACCGCUCGCGCUACGAGGCCACGGCACGCGAGUGGACUCGAAAGUACGCCAUCUAGGCUGCAAGUGAAACUUCACGUCACCUAGACACGUAUGGGAAGGAAACACAUUUUCACGAAGCAACGGCAGGGAUAUGAGAAAGACUUCACAUCCCGAGGGAAGAAAGCGUCUGGUACCUGACAAGCGGUCAUAUGCUGGGAGGGAAAUGCGGCUUUGAGUUAUCGCGUGUGGAGUUUCUGCUGGGAUGCUGUAUCGACGGCGGAAGGAAGUGGUAGCGGGCAUUUACUUGCGCUGCUCUUACAACACU